AUGUUUUGUAAUACAUCUGUGGCUCAACUUGUAGACAUUCUGGAUCCUCUUAUUGUUGGCCCAAGUUCUCCACGUUCACUUUUCGCGUUGAAGUUAUUUGUACAGUCAUGUCGGUGUGACAAAGGCUUGGGCAAAGGCGGCGCCAAGCGCCACCGCAAGGUGAUGCGGGACAACAUCCAGGACAUCACCAAGCCCGCCAUCCGCCGCCUGGCCGGCCGCGGCGGGAUCAAGCGCAUCUCCGGCCUCAUCUACGAGAAAAACCGCGGGGUGCUGAAGGUGUUCCGGGGGAACGUGAUCCUGGACGCUGUCACCUACACCGAGCACGCCAAGCACAGGACUCGUCACGGCCGCACCCUCUACGGCUUCGGCGGCUAAAAGUUUAUUACAAAAGGCCCUUUUCAGGGCCGCCCAAUUCCUCUCAGGAAAAGCUGUAAGUGGCUUUUGUGGCAU